AUGAAAGAAAAUCAAUCGAAAGAUUUAGAAUUUAAUAAUGAAAUCAAAAGCAGUAAAAGGCAAAAAGGGAGCAAACAUGAUAGCAACAAUGAUGAAGCCCAUAAUUACACUGAGGAGCUGCAAAAAUAUAAGCAGAGUUUUUAUAUAAUCAAAAAAACCAUAAAUCUUUUAAAAAAUUAUUAUAAUAACAACGUUAAUAAGACUGAAAAUUUACGAGCACGUGAAAAAAAACAACUUUUUUAUUUGAAAAAAAGAUCUAUAAUAUUGGAGGAUAAGUGUACCUUUUACUCUGAGCAUGUUGAUGAAUUAAACAAAAUAUAUAUAGAUCAAAUAAAUAAUAAAAAUACGAAGAUACAAAAUCUACAAUAUGAAUUAGAACAAAUGAAUAAGGAUGAAGUUGAAAAUGAAGCGAAUAACAAUAUUUUAAAAUUAAGAGAAGACCAAAUUGAAAGAUUAUCUCAGCAACUUGACUCAAUAAAUAGCUUAUAUCAUAAGCAAGUUGAUGCUAACAAAAAACUUCUGUCUGAAAUUGAGGACCUCAACAAAAAUAUCCACUACCUUAAUAACAAAAUUCUGGAAGAAAAAAAUAAUCGAAACACUUUAAGGAAAAGAUUUAAAUACUACAAGAAAUAUAAUAAAAACAAAAAGGGAUUCAAACUAAAUCCAGAUUUAUUUAAUGAAGAAGAAUAUAAAAAAGAACAAACAGACAAAAACGAGGAUAUAUGUUUUUCGAUUUUGUGUUUUCUUAAAACAGAAUUAGAUUUGAUUGAUGAUAAAAAAAAGAAAAAUGUUAAAGAAAAAGAAGAGUCGAAAAAAAAUAAUUUUUUUAAAAAAGUAGUUGAUUCAAAUUAUAAAAGAAAAAAAAAAGAAAGUAUUUUUGAAACAAUAUAUAAAAAGCAAUUCUUUUCUCUUUAUGAAAAUCGAUUUAUUGAAGAUAAUUUAAAAUUUGAAAAAAAAAACUUUUUUUCUAUGUUUUUAAAACGUGCAAAAAAAAGUGAUCAAAGUAAUGGAGAUACUAAUAUAAAUGAUAAUAAACAAAAUGAUGAUAUUCAAACAAGUAAAAAUAAUAUUAUUAAUAAAAAUAAAAGAAAUUCAAAUGGUAAAGGAGGAAAUGUAAAAACAUCUAAUAAUGUUUCAGAAGGUACUGAAAAUAAUAAUAGUAAAUGGAAUUACUUAACACUUAAUAAUAUAUAUUUUUAUAACACCACUAAUGAUAAUAAUGAUGAUAAAAAUAAAGAAAAUCAAAAAAAAAAUGGAAAUAAAAAUAAAUCAAAAACUUCAAAUAAACUUUAUAAAAAGGAUUCUUUAUAUGAUAAACAAGAAAAUGGUGAAACUGAUAAUUCCAAAUCUGGUAGUCACAGUAAAUAUAGUAACCGAAUGAAUAAUAAAAGAAACACUAUUGAUAUAAAUAAUUUGGAUAGUAAGAAGGACAAUGAUAGUAUAGAAGAAGUUAAACUUGAGAAAAAAACCAAUGAGCUUGAUGAAAUAUACUCUGAUAAUUUUUAA